GUCCGAAGCGAAGUCGGGACGCACGGACCUCAUUUUCCUCAUCCGGUUUCGGCACUGCUGCCUGCUGCGAAACCAGCGCUGCAUACUGGCGUACCUGUAUGACCGGUUGCUGCGGAUCCGAGCACUGAGGUGGGAGUAUGGUAGUGUCCUGCCAAAUGCCAUCCAGUUUCACAUGUCAGCAGAGGAAGUGGAAUGGUUCAAUCGGUACAAAAAGUCUCUGGCUACCUACAUGAAGUCAGUAGGAGGAGAGGAGGGGCUGGACCUUACACAGGACAUAAAACCUCCGAAAAGUCUGUACAUCGAAGUGCGGUGUUUAAGAGACUAUGGAGAGUUUGAGAUUGAUGAUGGUACCACCAUCCUGUUGAAGAAGAAUAGCCAGCACUUUUUACCCCGCUGGAAAUGUGAGCAGUUAAUCAGACAAGGAGUCCUUGAACACAUUCUUUCGUAA